GGGCUGCAGUCCCUAGCUUUUGUGGGAUUCUUGCCGUGAUGCCUAGCAGUCAGACUGUUGGGAAGCUCGGCGCCGCUGUGUAUGGAAGGACCCCGGGGAAGAUGGCGGAGCGGGAGCGGCUGGAGCGCCAGUCUCUUGGAGCGUUGCUCGGGGGCUACAGUAAGCUGAUGGACAAAUGCGACCUGCAGGCAGCUCUGACUGACAAACUUCAGGGUGAAAAAUGUGACCAGCAGACUACCAGACCAGCCCUGCAAAGGACGCAGAAUGAAAUGUUGCUGCAAAAAGGCACCCAGACCUGGAUCCAGCAACAGGAUGAAUUGAUGGAGUUCCACAAAAAUCGUGGAGAUCUCACACAAAGCAUGAUCGAACUCAAUAGCAGACUACAGCAAAAAGAUAGAGAAAUCUUGACCAACGAGACAAAAAUGGUGGAGUACCACAAACGAAUAAAGAGGCUGGAGGUGGAGUGUCAGGAGCUGCGGACUAACCUGCAGGACUUGGAGCGAGCCAAUCACACACUGAAGAAUGAAUACAACGCUCUCCACAUCACCUUCAGCACCCUUGAAGAACGACUGCAGAAGAUGGCCGUUGAGAACCAUGAGCUAAUCACACGAUGGUUGAGUGAGAAAACACAGGGCACCAACAGACUGAAUACAGAGAAUGAAAAGGAUUCCAGACCAUUUAUUGUCCUGGGAGGAAUAGGAAGCUUGCCUGUGAUACCCACGAAUCACAAGCGCACGGACCUGCCGCUUGCUGAGAAGGUGAAGGUUGUCGCAGCUUUGCAAGGCCCGAAAGCUUCCUAUGCCUCGGUGGCCAAGAUGUUCAACAUCUCCAAGAGCCAGGUGGGACGCAUCAGCCAGAACAGGGAGAGGAUCCUGGAAGAAUGGCGACAGAAUGCCAAUCCCAACCGCAAGAGGAAGAGGAAAGGGAAGGACAUUGAGGUGGAAGACGCUCUUCUCUUGUGGUUCCAGCAUGCUGUAGCUGAAGGAGUCCGCAUCUCCGGCCCCAUGCUAAAGACAAAAGCAAAGGAGUUUGCGGAGGAGCUGCGUCAUGAUGACUUUGAGCCAACUGACGGGUGGCUGUCGCGAUGGAAGGCACGGAACAACAUUGUCUUUAAGAAGGACUCCAACGAGCAGCAUGACUGUGAAAGCUCUGUGGCAUGUGGACAGACUCCUGACAAACCUGAGGUCGAGGCCAGAGUCACCGAUAUUGGCCAUAAUGUGACCUUGCUCGAUGCAAUCCAAAUGCUAUAUCGGGCAUAUGGAAACAUGGAGCAGACCCCCUGCGCUGACCCACACCAUGGAGACCAGUUGAAAAAGCAUGCAAUCUGCCUGGGUCCCGGAUUUCCUGGGGGCGAUCUGGGUUCGGCUAAUUCCUGUCCCCAAUUGCUCCCAGCAAAACAGGAGGUGCUGUCUGGCCUGCAGCCCAAAUCUGAGGACAGUUGUGUGACAUCUAAGAGGCCUCGCCUGGAGGCCAAAGUGCAAGAGCGUGGGGUUGACGGAACGUCAUCGAGCUUAGCCACUGGCAUCACCAACAAUGAGGUGCUAGAGUGUGUGAGCAAGCUGGGAAACUGGCUUCAGCUGCAAGGACCGUCAGGAAUUUACGAGCCAAUGCUUUGCAUGCUACGGGACAUGCAAACUGCAGUGGCAACUUUCCUGAGGUAGACAUUGGGGUUUUGUUGGAGAUGCAGAAGAAGUUUUUAAAAAAGUGCUGGAUUGUCAGAAAUGAAACUGAAAAUUGCUGAAAUUGUUAAGGUUACCCGCUGAUGGGACCUUUCUUGGAACUUGUAAAACAACAGGCCAAGAGAGCAGGGUCCUGCAAAGGUGUUUCAUUUCUGAUGGGUGGCUGUGCCUUCAGAUGCCAAGGUCUCAAGCUCUUUCUCUGGACCUUCUGUCUCUGUCUCUUCUAUUUAAGACAUUUCUUAAUACCUACCUCUUUGAUUGCCACCCAUUUUAAUACCCCCUACCUCUUUAUGUGACUUGGCAUUAAAUUUGUUUGGUUAGUCUCCUGUGAACCAUCUUGGGACCUUAUACUACUUUAAUGACUCUCUACAAGUGAAAAUUGUUGUUGUUUGAUCCCAGUCAUAACAUCAACAUCUGAAAGAUACUUCACUGAUCUGUCGAGCAUCUCUAGUGCUUUUCUGUUUUCUGACUGUACUGAUUUCUCAAAUAUCUUUAUAUAUUUAUCUGAGACAUAUUGUAUACUGAACAGCAGUCAGAAUAUUAAAAAAAAGUUGUACUAUUUAGAAAACAAAACUCUGAUAAUUUAUUUAGAGAAGCCUUUUUUAUAUUUACAAUAAUAAAAAAGUAACUGAGUCCAGUGGAGGCUACAUUUUAGUAUUUAGUACAACUGAAUCAGUAAGUUGACUGGGUUUAAUGUUUGUAAGGGCGUAAAAGAGAUGAUCAAUUCAGUACCAAAGACUGUAUAGUGCGUGUUAACUGCCAGAUAUUAUACUGAAUUUGAAAGCACCACAACUGCAGCUUAAAUGGAUCAGUCCACCGUUACAAGGGCUGAGACAUUGACAGUAUUAUACCAGAGUGUGCUGUGGGGUUGUGUUCAAUAACGACCGAGGUCAGUGAUUGGUGAAAAUAGCCUCUUUAUUGAGCCAUCUGCAGUAGCACAUUUCGAAGUGGUGAUGGAACCUAAAAUACAGUUUUACUGUAGCCUGUUUUAUACAGUUUUUACAUACAUUAAAAUGUUAGCAUUAUGGUGUCACAUAGUUGUAUCUAUUGUACGCAAGUUUGCCUGACAUCUGUCCUGGGGAAACAGGAGAUGGUUUAUGCCCUUGCUAAAUACUGCCUGUUACUCCUGGUGGGAUUAGAAAGUCUGUCCAGUCUGAGUUUGCAUAAUUAAGAAGUGUAGGUCCUUUUGUCUUUAAAGUUAGUAAUGUCAGUAAAAAUAUUACACCUAUAUGCUCUAAAUAAGUGAGAAACUAUACGUGUUCAGAAUAAUAGUAUACAGGAUAUUAAACUGUUCUCCCGCAGCUGAGUUGUGAGAUUUCAUUUACUAUUGCUGGUUUUGACAGCUCUUACUCAUUAAGUGGCCCUAUUUAAUGUGUAUUUAA